AUGCAAAUGACGUCCAUGGCGCGGGUGGAACUGCCCACACUUGUUGACUGCCACGUCCACUUUCGCGAGCCCGGCCUGGAGCAGAAGGGUGACAUGCGGAGUGAGUCCGAGGCGGCCUACGCGGGUGGAAUCGGUGUGGUGUGCGACAUGCCCAACACAAAACCACCAACGCAGACGAUCACAGCGUUUGCUGAGAAGGUGCGUCGUGCCAAGGCGGUGGAGAAAUUGUGCGACAUUCGCUUAUUUUUUGGUGCUACCGCCCACGAGCAUCUGCAGGAAUUGGAGACGCUGUGGACACAACCGCAACACGCGGCUCUCAAGGCCCGUUGUGCCGGACUGAAGCUUUAUCUUGACAACUCCACCGGGAACCUCAAGAGCAGCGCGGAUGUGACGGAGGCCGCCUUUGAACUUUGUGGCAAACUUGACAUUCCGCUCGUGGCGCACUGCGAACACGCGACGCACAAUGACGAAGCUUGUUCUGCGAACCCUUACACAGGGCCGCCGUCGCACUCAUUGCGACGCCCGGUUCAUUCAGAGUCUGCGUCCAUCGUCUACGGUAUUGAAUUGGCCCGACGUCACGGCACACGCCUGCAUGUCGCUCAUCUUUCAACAGGUGAGGGUCUGGAGCUUGUCCGUCAGGCGCGGGCAGAGGGGCUGCAUGUCACGACGGAAGUUACGCCGCAUCAUCUGUUUUUGACGACGGGGGAUUAUGGUUGCUGUGGGGCGCGGGUGAAGGUGAAUCCUCCUGUGCGUCCCCCGGAGCAUCAUGAGCGGCUCUGGGAGGGUGUGCUGGACGGCACAGUGGACUGCAUUGGUACUGACCACGCACCACACACGCUGGAAGAGAAAAGCGACGCGACGAACCCGCCAAGUGGAAUGCCUUCUAUUGAGGUGGUUGUUCCGUUGCUUCUUACAGUUUGUGCGGGGCGCUGGCCGCACCCAACAGCGGCAAUGCCGAAGGUACUUGAGGCACGAAGACUGACAAUUGGGGACAUUGUGCGGCUCAUGCACACCAACCCCAACCGUAUCUUUGGCCUAGGGUUAUCGGAGAAAAGCCAGCGUUUCUUUGAUCUCUCCAUGGAAUGGGUUGUGAAGGAGUCUCAAUUGAAAUCCAAGUGUGGAUGGUCGCCGUACGCGAACUGGCAUCUUGUUGGCAAGGCUGUUUAG